AUAGCGUCACACGCGCGAGCAUGCCGACGUCUGUCCGCAUCUGGGAAACGCGACUUCAGUUGGCACCCGACGAUGACAUCGAUCAAACGUGGGCGAUUUUCCUCAUAACGGUGAAAGACGUAGUGCAAUUUCGGACGCGCGUUCGGACGGGAUAUAUCUGCUCAUCACAUCGUUCUAGUUCUAACUAAUGAAGUUUCCAAACACGUUAGAUUUCAACACUUACCAGGCUUACUUUUGCUCACGUCAUUUGUCAAAUGACGAGAAUCGGCAGCUGGAUGCAAUCAAUCUGGAGUGGGACAGGAACAGUCCGGAUCCGCUGAAGACGUUAUGUUUAAAUGCAAUUGCCAACAAUUGGCCCACGAUUCCGUUCUUCCGAGAGAUACCAUUGUGCGAGGAUAGGCACUAUCUACUAGAUUUGUUGGAUUUGGAUUUUCCUCUGGAGAUUCUGUGCUCUAGAGUACGCAAUGAUGCUUUCUGGAAGCGUGCCUAUGUCAAGCGUUGGAAGAAUCGCUAUCCUAUCAACAUUGAUGGUAAACCAUGGAUAAGAAUAUAUCUAGAGCAACAUAUAACAGACACGCUGGAAAAUAUGAAACCAGGAGAGUUCGAUCAGGAAGGUUUCCAGAAAUUGGCGGAUCUUUGCUCCUUGCACGUCAAAGAACUUAAGCUGAACCAAUUGCAGCCUUCAACAGGCGAAAGUGGAGACCAUAUUCCGCUGGAUUCGGUUCUAUCCAAUCUGCGAGAGUUGAGAAGGGUAGACAUCACGUAUGAUGUGAAAAAUGCAGGACACAAUUUCUACCUCGGUUGUGCCACCAUCACGGAGAAGGAUAUAAAACUGAUGACCCAAGGGCUGGAGCGAUGUUACGAGCUAACGGAGUUUCGACUACACAGUACCAAACUGGAACCGACGAUGAUGAAACGGUUAGCAUCGGCGAUGGACAAAGGAUGUCCGAACAUAACCACAAUCGCCUUUCCCCAUUGUCGCUGUGGGGACGUAGGACUGCGGGCAUUUUUCGAAGCACUAUCGCCCGAUUCGUUGCCCAAUGUGCAACAGGUGAUCCUAACAAAUAACUUUCUGUCUUCCGAAAGCAUCCUUGACUUGGUGCACUUGAUUCGUCGACGACCGGUCGAACAUUUGGAUCUUCGCCUCAACCCCAUCCUAACUGAGGGAGCGAUUUCUGUGCUGACCAUGAUUUUCUAUCUGCCACUAAAGGAACUCAACCUCAGCUGCUGCUCUAUCGACGAACAAAUCGAAGACUUUCUGCUGAUGACGAUUCGCUUUAACACCAGCAUAGAGGUGCUGAACUUCUCGUCCAAUCCGUUGGGGGAAGCGAUGGGCGAGAAGCUGGUGGCGAGGGUUAGCGAAAACAAAAAACUGCAACAGUUUGAUUUGCGCAAUACGGAUAUUUCGCCGGAGGUACGCGCGGUUAUCGACGAGGUGGUCAUAAAGAAUCGAACUCCGCAUAGUCUAAGCCAUUGGUAAGGGUGGUCUCUGUGUGUAAUUAUUUCAUGUGACUUCAACAAAUCAAAUAAACUUUUAUUGUUGUGAAAAUUACUCAAAACAGC